CAGCGGGCCGGGGGAUGGCGCUGCUGGACCUGGCCCAGGAGGGAAUGGCCUUGUUCGGCUUCGUGCUCUUCGUGGUGCUGUGGCUGAUGCAUUUCAUGUCCAUCAUCUACACCCGGUUACACCUCAACAAGAAGGCAACAGACAAACAGCCGUACAGCAAGCUCCCUGGAGUCUCUCUUCUGAAACCACUGAAGGGGGUGGACCCUAACCUAAUCAACAACUUGGAGACAUUCUUUGAACUGGAUUAUCCCAAAUAUGAAGUACUCCUUUGUGUACAAGAUCAUGAUGAUCCAGCCAUUGAGGUGUGUAAGAAACUGCUUGGAAAAUACCCAAACGUUGAUGCUAGAUUAUUUAUAGGUGGUAAAAAGGUUGGCAUUAAUCCUAAAAUUAAUAAUUUGAUGCCAGCAUAUGAAGUUGCAAAGUAUGAUCUCAUAUGGAUUUGUGAUAGCGGAAUACGAGUCAUUCCAGACACAUUAACUGACAUGGUCAAUCAGAUGACGGAGAGAGUGGGGCUGGUCCACGGGCUUCCAUACGUAGCUGACAGACAAGGCUUUGCUGCCACCUUAGAGCAGGUAUAUUUUGGAACUUCACACCCAAGAUCCUAUAUCUCUGCCAAUGUGACCGGCUUCAAGUGUGUGACGGGGAUGUCUUGCUUGAUGAGGAAGGAUGUGCUAGAUCAGGCAGGAGGGCUCAUAGCCUUUGCUCAGUACAUUGCGGAAGAUUACUUCAUGGCCAAAGCAAUAGCGGACCGAGGCUGGAAGUUUUCAAUGUCUACGCAAGUUGCCAUGCAAAACUCUGGUUCAUACUCCAUUUCUCAGUUUCAAUCCAGAAUGAUCAGGUGGACCAAAUUGAGGAUUAACAUGCUUCCUGCCACAAUAAUUUGUGAGCCAAUUUCAGAAUGCUUUGUUGCCAGUUUAAUUAUCGGGUGGGCAGCCCACCACGUGUUCCGAUGGGAUAUCAUGGUUUUCUUCAUGUGUCACUGCCUGGCAUGGUUUAUAUUUGACUACAUUCAACUCAGGGGUGUCCAGGGUGGCACACUAUGCUUUUCAAAACUUGAUUAUGCUGUGGCUUGGUUCAUCCGCGAAUCCAUGACAAUAUACAUUUUCUUGUCGGCACUGUGGGACCCUACUAUAAGCUGGAGAGCCGGUCGCUACAGGUUGCGCUGUGGAGGGACGGCCGAGGAGAUCCUGGAUGUGUAACAAGGCCUCUGUGGCCGACUGGACAGGAUGGAAUGGAAGUGUUAUAGAUUAUGUUUAUAGAGACUUUCCAGGACCUGCCUUCAGUGGCUCAUCCGUGUAUGUGUGGUAUCCGCUCUUUAAUUUAUUCGCAUGGCCCUUGCAUCUGUGAAAAGCAAAAAAACAAAAGCAAAACAUGUCUGUAGUCGUGGCCAAACAGUGUAUUUUAUGGAGGUAGAGAAUCAAGACAAUUGGUUCUAGGAAGUGGGUUUUGUUGUUGUUUAUUUUUUUAAACAAAUAUAUAUAUAUAUAUCUAUCAAUACACACACACACACACACACACACACACACACACACACACACGACUGCUCUGCAGCAGACACUAUGACAGUAUCCUUCAGUAGGGAAAGUUUCUUACCUGAGUUACUCACUCUGAGGUCCGCACGGGCAGAACAGCAGCUCUGUGAGAGGGAAGGGGCAGGUGCUGGCCGCCCCUGUGUGAAGGGAAUGGGUUGUACAGGGAGGCGCUGACGGAGAAACUUUUUCAUGCUUUAUGCCUACCUCUUGUAGUUGUUGCAGAGCAAAUAGAAGUUAGAAGUUGUGAUAUGGUAGCUAGGCCUUGCAAAAACAAAUGGGAAACUUUAAUAAUAAAAGAGCCGAGUCUAGUAUUUAUAUAAAUCUGUGAGGUUUUUUUUGUUUUGUUUUUUUGUUUUUGUUUUGUUUUGUUUUAUUUUUUGGUCUCAUUGCAAUGAACCAAAAGUGGUUGAGAUUGGUUUUUAGUGGUAACCAUGAAUUGAAGGCAUCUUUUGGACCAACUGUUGUUGGUUCUGUCUUGAACCAUAUUAAUCACUGUGCUGUAAUUAGGAGAGCUGAAUCUUUCCUUCCCUGCUCCUCGCCCAGCCCGCCCCAUCUUUCCUUAGCUUUUUCCAUGGGGGGGGGGGGGUGAUCUUAUAUAAGUGUAAGUGGAUGUUUUAUAGUUGUAAGGAAAAUUCAUUUCAGACACAGUUCACACAGGAGCUAUUUUCUUACCCAGUAUGUCUGUAUUGUUAAUAAGAAUAUAAUUUCAUGAUACAAGUAUUUAAUAUCUUUUUUUAAGUGAGUAAACAUAUUCUAGCUAUUGGCAAAUAAAUCGCAGUAGAGAAUUAGGAGAGGACAGGAUGAGGUUUACUCUUCAAAUCAAUCAGUAUCAAACUAAGUCUACUGUGUGUGUGUCGGUUGGUUGUUUUGUUUUGUUUUUUACUAUAAUAGUCUAUAGUCUUAUUUAAAUUGGAUUUUUAUGUUCAGUUUGUAUGACAUAGACUAGGCAGCCGAGUUGUAAAUGCAUGCUGUACUUUCCUCUCCCCAUCAUGCAGCUAAGCUUGCUUGUCAGCCUAUGCUAACUUGUGGUGAACUGGACUUUUGUUUUAACUAAGCAGAGACGUAAGGGACAGUGCAUCGGCCUUUUCCCCUGUCUUCUUUAAGCGGUGUUUGCUCAUCCGUCUGAGUUUGGUGGUAUGCUGUCCAUCUGAUGCUUGCUGUUCACUCCAGCACCAUGACAGCUCGCACCCUGUGUUCCUAUGGCUUCCAUCUCAGCACAGCGUGUAGCCUAUUAGCAAUAACUUCCUACUUAUAGAGAACAUUUUCAUCUUACUGAGCCAGUCCAUUUACCUAACGACUCUACAGACAGUCUAAACUGCAAUAUACCUGUAAAUGUGUAUAUACUAUAAAUACACACUAUCCUUACAUUUUUCUGGGCCAAACGGCAGUUCCUUCCCCUUCUCUUGCUCCUCCCCUUUCCAUUAAUAUUCAUUCUCUCUCUCUCUCCCUCUCUCCCUCUCUCCCUCUCCCUCUCUCCCUCCCUCUCUCUCUCUCUCUCUCUCUCUCUCUCUCUCUCUCUCUCUCUCCUUCUCUCCCUCUCUCUCUCUCUCUCUCUUUCUCGCCUUAUGAUGAAUUUGUUUGAAGGGCAUUUUCUCCGUGAGCAAAGGCUUGGAUGCAUAUUCCAGUUUUUAUUUUUUUUUCUGUGAAAUGGGUACUAUUACCCCCUGAGGAAAAGUUGCACAGUGAGAACCAGUCUAGUUAUGACCCACUACAUGUUUAUUUUUUUACAUUACUCUCUCACGAGCUGAGUUUUGCUGAGUGCGUUUGUCGGUUUGUUUAGUGGCGUUUGGUGGAAGCCCUUCUUUGCGCUGCUGAAGUGAAAUCUUGCUGACUAGUUAGCUUUUUUGUUGAUCUCAGUAUGGGCAAAGAAACAAAAUCCAAAUGGCUGGACAGACUUCUGUAAAUAUUUUUAAAAAAAAAAAAACAAAUGUUCUGUGUGUGUGGGUUUCGUGUGGUCGUGAAGUAUUUCCUUAAAGCGAAGCCUCGAGGGUGCGGAGAGGAACUCUUUGUUUAGCAAGUUUGGAGUGAAGAUAAAAUGGUAAGAAAUACUGUAAAUGUCGAGGCGCCACACCAGAACUGUAGGAGUCCAAAUUUAUAAUAAACUGUCUUUUUAAAAAGAAAACAAUUAAGUGUCUAGAAUAUAUCAUGUUUUAUUAUUUAAAAUCAUUGUCUUAAGUUUUUUUGUUGAGAGAAUAAAAAUUUGAAUACAAUCAA